AUGCGUUUGACCGCGUCGAGUUCGACAGCAGCUACGCCAAGUCUGGCGGCGCUAGCGCUGCUGGCGGCGCUGCACGCAUCGCACGCUUGGUACGACAACGCCAAGCUCGUGCAGAGCGUGCGUGGCGACUGGCUCUUUGCUCCCGGCUACGCCAUUGACCCCGCCAAUGCUGCAAUUAAAUUGACUCUUGCUUCCUUCUGCGCCUGCAGGUCUGCCUGCACUUUUCACGGCUGCUUGGCUCUGUCCUACGACGCUGGGACGCAGCAAUGCCUCUUGUCGAACGCUUACAGCCAAGCCAUACCUCUGCCCGGAGCAAAGUACAUGCACAUACCCAAACAAAACAUCACGAGGGGCGCUGACGGCUUGUAUUAUGUCGUCACGCCGUUUUUCCCGGACAGACAAACGGCGCUGGCGCAGUGCGCGAAAUUUGGCUUCCGCAACGCCAUAUCGAGGAGCCCCCAGACAACGCAAGUGCUCAAGAAGUUCGCUACAAAUCCACAGAAAUGCACCUGGGUGGGGCUGAAGAAAACUUCUCCUAAUUUGGACUUGGUGUGGGAGGACGGAACUCCUCUGGACAUGAAUGCAGUGACGUCUCUGGAUUUACUGAAGAACGGAGGCUCUGGCGAAAUGUACUUUGCCCUCUACCAAAAUGUCAUCGACGACAUGUCAGAUGGCUGGCCGUGUAACGUCAUCUGCCAGGCAAACUUCGACCACAUUCAGUGGUAGUGGCAAACAAGAUAUCGUCCCAACAUUCAGUGGUAGUGGCAAACAAGAUAUCGUCCCAGGUUUCUCUAGCACAACACCAUGCACCAUUGUCGGUAGUUAACGAUAAUUGCGGAUCUCAUUGUUUAGUCUUCGAGUAGAUGAACUGUUUUCUAAUAUUUCUGCAGUAAUUUUUGACUCGUGAUGACGAAACAUAAUUUUGCCAUAUAUUAGAUGUUAUGCGAUUGAUCAUGCAUUGAAUUAAUGAAUAUCAAGUAGCAUUUUAACAUUCUAUGACAUCCAAAAGACAAUUUUGGAUGUCUCCAAAAUGUCUUUUAAACUAAUUUUUUUAAAUAUAUAUACUCAUUAAUUAUAGAUGUGCAGUACCCACUACUAUUGUCAACAAUAAUAUUGGUUUUUAAUUAUUUCUAAAUUUUUAAAUAAUAAUUCAACUAUAACAUUUGUUGCAUGAACGUUGCUCUUUGAUAUAGUCAUACUCAGGCAUAUCUGUGAUGGCAAGGCUUUUAUCAAACAAAUUAUAAUCGAGAAGUUUACAAAUGGAACUCUGCUAAUAAAUCAUAAACUCUAAUAAGUUUAAAUAACAUAGAACUGGUGCAACGAAGUAUAAAAAAUAUAAGUUAAUUUCAGCCUAACGACCUCUAACUAGACAAUAAACCGUCCUAUGCAAUGACUAUUAAUAUCAUGAGUCGUAUGCAAUGGAUCAUUAGUCACCCGAUAAUCGUUUGAAAUAAUCCUGCAAUUAUAAAAUUAGCCAAUUUAUAAAACAAUCUGGAUUUUAUCCAAGUGAAGGUAUCUUUGCACAUCAAAUUACAACUAUCACCAAGAGUGUUUUUCGUAGUAGUUUAAUCAGUAAAAAUAUACCUGUUCACUAUUGAUGGAUUUUUUUUCAAUCAGGGUUCACUCAAAAUAAAAUGUGGUGCAUAUCCGUAUGUACUAGAUUUAAUGCCUGAAUGAAUGUUUUUUUACGUUAUGUGGUAU